AUGGAGCGGUUGCUGCCAGAUGAGUGGCAAUGGGGGGCGCUGCCGGAGGAGUCGGAGUCGGAGGCUCUGGCUCGGGGCAGCGGCAGCAGUGCCUGCUUCGAGUCCUACAAGCAGCUUUUUGAUUGGCCAGCUUUGUUCUUGGACAAGUUGAGUGAUGACCAGAUAGCAGAGCUUGUGCGGAAGGCUCGCAAUGGCAUCUGCCUUGUCACCGAUUACUCCGGUCUUGGGUCGCCAGAAACUGCUUUGCAUUUCCUUUUCCAGGCCUUGGGAACGAGGCUUGGUGAUCCUGACAUGCCACAGAAGCUUCGCUUGAUGCGGGCAUCAGACUGCGAUGUGCACUGCAGACGCAUUCUGCUGGGGCAGCCAGCCGGGGUUGGAGAACCUGGUGCGUGUUGUGUGCUGGGGGACAUGCUAGACAGAUGCCCUUCUGAGUUGGUGACCGAGUGUGAAGCGCUGCUGCAGGACUGCAGAGGACAAGCCAAGGAGGCCAUUGAAACCGAUGGGCUGCGACCAGAAGAGGCCUGUCGAUCGUGGGGCCGCAAAUUUGUGGACCAGGCAAUCCAGAUUAUGUCCAAGAAUUCACAGACGAAGAAUCCAUGGUGUUACAGGCACCUGCAGAGUCAGUGUGCGUGUAACUCUGCUGUGCCAGAAGAGAUGUUGAGCAUGGCGGUGGCAGGUGUCACAUGUGUGGACUGGUCAGCAAUCGGCCUGAAGGGCGGCUGGCUUGGCGACAGCGCCAUUGCUUUUUUGGCUUGGGCCAGAGAGAGGCAUCUUUACCAGGAGCGGAUUAUCCUUAUCGAGUGCACACCAGCCAUUGAUGUUGCUACAAUCCAAGAGAUUUUCUUCGAGUACACGAUGGUGGUGUUCGACAUAUGUCCUUCAAUGCUUGGUAUCCCAGUGCAUCGUCGUCGCGCGUACAUGAUUCUUCUGCGCAGUUCAGAUCUGGCAUGGCACACUGAUUGUGCCCAAGACCCUGCGACGGCAUGGAGAAAGCUUUUUUGUCAGAAGACUUGGAUCGACUGCGCUGAGUUUGGGUCAGCGCCGACAGAGUUGGUGGAGCAGCAGGCCAGGAUUCUGGCAUUGGCGAGAGGCUUCCCUGCUACCUCAGCGAGUGGAUCAGCUUGGAAGCCAAAAGCUCUGCUUUCAUCUGCAGUGCGCGACCGCAUUCGGGACUGGGAAGGUUUGGUGCGUAUGCAGCUUUCCCUACAGCCGGGUCAGGUGGCAUCUUGCAUCAUGAACUCCACUCAAAACCCCGAGCGCUGCCCCAUUACAAAGCUGUGUCCUACCUUGCUAACCAAAAGCCGACUUUGGAGCAUGCGCCACCAGCGACACCUGUUGCUUGCGGAGAUGUGUGAGAUCCAAGGGUUUGCGUGUCUGACAAGCAGCCAGUACCCCUGCCCGUUCAGGGCAGAAGUUUUGGAGUCCGACUUGGGCAAGAAAGGUGCCAUCCCUGAUGGCGCCAUGAGAAGAAUGAUUGGCAACGGUAUGCACAUGCACUGCAUCGGUGCCAUGAUUCUUUUUGCUUUGAGCUGCACUACAAAGGUUCAGGCGGUUCAGACUCAGGCGAAUGAACGAGAGGUCAGCGAGUUCGCACGAUGGAGCAACGACAGAGCCAGAGCCGCAGCUCGAGCUGGAACGAGCGCGCAAGGCGCCAAGGUUCGAUUGGAGUCGGACUUGGCCCUGGACGACAGCUUCGAGUCUGCGAGGCCUGAGGGCCUGCUGCACUGUCAGGAGAUCGGAGAUGCCAUUCCUGGAGGCCUGGAGUUGUGGUCGAGCGAGCCUGGCGCUCCCGAAUUGACCGACGAUGAUAAAGGUGAGGUGGGUGUCUGCUGCAACGACAUCGCGCCGAGCGACGACCUCCUGCGUGAGGAGGAUGAUGGCCUGAACUUGGGUGCUCCGUCCAAGAUGCCCGGCCCCAGCAAGAAGGACCCCAAAAAGAAAGAUGGAGCCAAGAAGAAGAAGAGAGCGCGAUCCCGGGGCCGCAGCCGAACACCUGUAAGUGACAGACAGUCGAAGUCCCGCUCGCCACCCAAAAGGGUACGCAGGACUGCCAACCACUCCGACACUGCGGAGAAAAAGUGUCGGUCUUGCAAGAAGAAGAAACCCGAGUCGCAGUUUUACGCUGCACAGGCGGAGUGCAAAGACUGCUCGCAUGCCACGACAAAUGUGAAGCGGGCAGUGCAACGCCAGAAGGAGGAGGACUGGUACAACAGCCUCAGCGAGGUUGAAAAGGAUAACAUGAACAAGGCCUACCUGAAGGAGAAAGAGAAGUCCGACAAGGUUCGAGGACGUGUGCGGUUCAACGUGAAGAAGUACAAAGAAGAGCUUCAGGCCCGAAGCGGGGUCCGCUUUGAAGGUCGUCGCCGCUUCAUGACAGAGAAAAAGUUCAUGGCCUAUGCCAGGUCCGAGGAGGGCGGUGACUUGACGAAGGCCCAGGCUGAAAAAAAAUGGGAGGAAAUGUGGCACAGCAAAAAGUAUGUCAAGCGUGGCAAGAAAGUGGCCGUGCCGAUCGAGGAGGACCUGGUGGACUUCUCCGAGCUUGCAAAGAGUCGAGCCAUCGAGGGUGAGCAACGGUUGAAUGCAAACAUGACUGAAGAGGAGAUGCAAAGCAGGCUUAAUAGCUUGGUCACCUCCGGCGACGGCUCCUUGGGCAGGGGCCUUGACAUCCAGUCCAUGGUCGGCAACUUGGCUGGUUCUGGUGACGGGGACGAGGACUCCGCUUUGGCUGCAAGUGGCAUCUUCAACUCAGAGGUUCACCUUCCGGAUCUGCGUGCCAUGGCCGCCGGGCGGGCCACCAACAAGCAGAUUGCCACUCGCCGCACCAGCUUUGGAAGCAACAAGUCGGGGGGGUCGGCGGCCCGAGCCCAAGCUUCGGACGACUCAGAUGAGGAUGAUGAUGGUGACUCUGGGUCCGAAACAGACUCACAAGAAUCAGAGCGUGACAAGAAGAAAACGAAGCGUCCUGGGAAGGAGGGCCAGGGAGUCCAGGGAGGCAGAAACAAAUGGUUUGAUAUCGGCACCGAGAAGGCCAAGGCUGAGCGACAGGUCCGGGACACAAGACAGCGCUCCGAAAGCAAGAUGAGGACCCAGUUGAAUGCAAUGAAGGCUCAAUUGGAUUUGAGUCGUGCUGCCAACGUCACGAAUGUUGUGGAGCUGCACAUCGUGCUGUCUCGACAGCAAGCACUUCAUAUCAUCUGCAACGGCACCAAGAGUGACUUUGACAAGUAUUGUGCUGAUUUGCUGCAGCUUCUUGGCCGCGAUUCGAUUCCGACGGCCUACGACAACACUCUUGCAACACUGUUGAAGUUGAACUUCAUGCCAAAUGUUGAUGCACGCAGUGUGCGCUCAUCCGGCUCAGCGAACGAGAAGGCCCUGCUGGCAGCAGGACCGUGCAGCAACUUCCGGGAUCUGGUGACGCUUGCUGCUUUCGAUGAGAUGAAGAUCCUUGCAGACGUCCGGAAAGAGGACGACAUUGCCUUGGCCAUGAAGAAGUUCCAAAGGUUCAGUCAGCACUGGGAUGAGCUUGUCGCUUCGUGCAAGACUGCAACAUCAGAGCUCAAAAGGGCAACAGCCAGUGCCAACAGGGACCAGAAUGCCCGCACUCAGGCCAUGGCAAAAGCAAAGGGAAAGGCGAAGGCCAAGGCGGCCAAAGAAGGCAACCAUGCCUUCCAACUCUUCGACAUCCUUCCGCAUUAUGACUUCUGCGACGUGGAUGCAGGUGCGCAAGUGGAUGAGAAGCACGAUAUGUCGCAGCCGUGGCUGUUCUGCUGGGACUGCCAGGAGGACCUGCCUGAAGAUGCGAGUCUGCUCCUGAAACUUGUGCCUUUCUCAGACGCGAAGAAGAACCUGAAAGAGACCGACAAGCCUUUGCCAUCACUGGUGGAAGAGGUUGCAGCCUUCGAAAA